AUGACUCUGUUUGGGGUAACACUCCUUGUUCUUCUUCACCAAGGAUAUUCGCUGGUUCAGGUGACCACCGUUCAACUUGGUGAACCUGUAACUCUGACAUGUGUUUUACCUCCUGGUGAUUUAAGCAGCAAAGUUCACUGGUACAAGCAGAGUGCAGGAGAAACUCUGAAAUUGAUUGCGACACUGCGGCGAACUACACACCCUCAGUAUGAAAGAGAGUUUUCUGGUGGAAGAUUGGAAGUAAAAGACAAUAAGAACAUCAGCAAUCUGUCCAUAUUCAGGACAAUCCCUGAAGAUGAAGGAAUGUAUCACUGUGCAGUCAUGGAAUGGAAUGUGAAUACCUGGAGUGGAACCUAUUUGUUAUUAAAAGGAAAAACCCAGAGGACAUCAAACUUAAUUGUUGCUCAGUGGCCAACAGUAUUGGAUCCAGUCCGUCCAGGUGAUCCUGUGUCUCUCCAGUGUUCAGUCCUCUCAGAUUCUGAUAAGACGUGUCCAGUAGAGCUCAGUGUCCUCUAUUUCAGAGAAGGAUCAAAUAAAGCUCAUCCAAAUAUCAUCUACACUGAUGGAAAGAGGCAAGCUGAAUGUGAGAAGAGGUCCGACACUCAAAAGAGUUGUGUUUAUCGCUUCUCUAAGAACGUCAGCUCCUCUGAUGCUGGGACUUAUUACUGUGCUGUGGCCACAUGUGGGGAGAUAUUAUUUGGAAAUGGAGCUACACUGAAAAUCGAAACCAGCAGUUGGUCACAGACGGCCAGUACAGUUAUUUUUCUGCUGUGCUCUGUCUUGUUUCUUAUUGUUAUUGCUGUCCUCAUUUACUCGAUCAGGAAAAACAACAGUGAUCAAAGCAAAGCUGCUGUCCUGCAGAAAAACUUUAGUGAUCACAAAAGACAACAGAAUAAGGACAUAUCUAUGUUUUCUACUGUUGUUUUUACCAUGAAGAAAAGUGAUGGAUGUAGAAUAAAGGAUCCAAAGCCGUGA